AUGGUGGCGGCUGCGUUCCUGUUCCCCGACGGCAGCCCCUGCGCCCUCCUGCCCCUGCGGGCGGCGCCGCCUGCGGGCGUCGAGGGGGUGACCGGCAAGCGGAGCGCCGGCCCCGCGGCCGCGAACGAGGUCGUCUUCAGCCUCUCCCGGCCGCGCGACGCCAUCGCGGGGGCCGCCAGCGGCCUAAAGACCGCGGCCCGCAGCACGGCGAUGGGCGCCGCGGCGCUGGCGCGGGCGCCCCUCGAGGCCGCCCACGCGGACGGCCUGGGCGAGGCGCUGUGGUGCCUGGGCGAGGGCCUCGCCGGUGCCGUGCUGCUGCCAUGCGGCGGCUUGGCGGUGGGGCUGUCGCAGUGCGCGCGGGGGGUGGCCAACACCCCAGAGGCGGUCGUGCAGUCCCUGCGCGGUCUCGCGUGGUGCUCCAAGCAGCGCGCCUGGGCGCCGCCCGCUGGCUACAGCCUUCCAGAGGACCGACGAGCCAGGCGCGCGGACGACAGGGCGGCGCCGCCGCGCGGCCCUCCCGCGCCCGCUGCGGGGCGGCCCGACCGCGACGGGGGCGAGGCGGCCAGCAGCUCUCAGCCCCCGUCGUGGUCCUCGCCGGGAGCGGCCUCAACUGUCGGAGCCGUGCAGCGCCACGUGCCCAGCCUGUACGCGGCCCUCCGCUGCCACCCCGCGGCGUCGCGCACCGAGCUCCGGCACGCGUACUACCGCGAGUCGCGCAGGUGCCACCCCGACAAGGCGGGCGGCAGCCCGCAGGCCGUGGCGCAGUUCCAGGCGCUCUCGGAGGCGUACAAGGUGCUCCGCGACCCCGCUCUGCGGCGAGCGUACGACGUGGGAGGCCACGAGGCGGUGGUCCAGGCCUCGACGACGGUGGACCUGGGCGAGCUCUACGCCGCCGUGAUGAGCGGGAGGCAGUGGAGGCCGUAUGUUGGGCAGUUUGCCCUGGAGCGGAUCCUGGCCACGGACUUCCGGGCGGACGCUGGCCCGGAGGAGGCGGAGCUGCUCGAGCUGCUCGGCUCCGUGUGGUGCGCCGGCGAGGGCCCCGUGGACGCGUGGCAGGCGGAGCGCGAGGUGCGGUGCGCGGUGGCCCUCGCGGAGCGGCUGCGGCAGGCCGUGUCCGGGGAGGUGCACGCCUUCGGGCGCGCCAUGCAGGCGGAGGCGCGCCGGCUGGCGUGCGCGCCGUUCGCGCCGCUGCUGCUGCGCGCGGUGGCCGAGGUGUACGACAGCGAGGCGAAGCAGUUCCUGCACACCCUGCCGGCGUUCGACUUGCGGCGGGAGGCCGCGCAGGCCCGGGCGCGGGCCCGGCUGCUGGCGCAGCAGGCGCGGGCGGUGGCCGUGGGGGCCCGCGCGCUGCUGUCCCUGCACGGCCUGGCGCGCCUGGAGGAGCAGGCCAGCGAGGGCACCUCCUCCACGCAGAGGCCGCGCGGCGCCUCGCACCUGUACCUGGAGCACCCGGAGGUCGACGCGCGGCUGCCGCUGCUCGCCGGCGCCCUGUGGCAGCUGACCGUGCUGGACGUGGAGGGCACCGUCGGGCGGGUGUGCCGCCGCGUCCUGCGCGACACCAGCACGGACCUCGUGUCGCGGGUUCGGCGUGCCGAGGCCAUGCAGAUCAUGGCCACCGCGAUGCGCGCCGCGGCCGAUGCGCGCGGCACCUCGGCGGGGUCUCCGGCGGGCCUCCCGGGGGAGGACGUGGACUUCCUCCGCUGCCGCGUGCGGGAUCUGGCCGCCAGGCUGGCCUCUGGCGGCGGCGUGUCCGACGACGAGUGA